AUGUCAAAGCCGGGGGGAGAAAGUAUAAAUACAGCGGGCUCGGCGGCCGGCGCGGAGGCUGCGGGGGAGAGAGCCCGGGGGGUUCGGGGCCUUGCGGGAAUGGGGCGGCGGGCGCUGCUGGGGGGCCGGGCCCCUCUCCACCUGCUGCUGCUGUGCCACGCGUGGGCGCUGCCGCCGCCGCCCCCGCGGGACGCGCAGCCCGUGCUGCCCGCCCGCCUGCCCGCGCCGUCGGGGCAGCUGGCCCUGCGCCUGGCCGCCUUCGGCCGCGCCGUCGUCCUCCGCCUCCGCCCCGACAACGCGUUCCUGGCCCCCCGCCUCCGCCUCCAGCGCCUGGGGGGCCGCCGCCCGCAGCCGCCCCCGCCGCGCCGGGGCUGCUUCUACUCGGGCGCCGUCGAGGGGAGCCCCGAGGCUCCCGCCGUGCUCAGCAGCUGCGGCGGGAGCGGCCUCCGCGCCGCUUUCCUGCUCGACGGGGCGGCCUACGAGCUGCAGCCGCUCGGGCACCCCCAGCCCGGGCCGCCCUGGACGCGGCCGCACCGGCUGAGGCGCCGCUCGGCCCCGCCGGGGGCUCGUCCCGCCGGGAGCGGCCUCGGGACGGGCGGGCAGCGCCGCAGGGACAGGCGGUUCGUGUCCCAGGCGCGCUACGUGGAGACCCUGCUGGUGGCCGAUGCCUCCAUGGUGCGGUUCUACGGGGAGGACGUGGAGAACCACGUCCUGACCCUGAUGUCCAUGGCUGCUCAAAUCUACAAGCACCCCAGCCUGAAAAACCCCAUCAACCUGGUGGUGGUGAAGGUGCUGGUGGUGGAGGAGGCGGCGGCGGGGCCGGAGGUGUCGGACAACGGGGGGCUCACCCUGAGGAACUUCUGCAGUUGGCAGCAAAGGUUCAACCCGCUGAGCGACCGGCACCCGGAGCACUACGACACAGCCAUCCUGCUCACCAGACAGGACUUCUGCGGGCACCAGAGCUGCGACACGCUGGGCGUGGCCGAUAUCGGCACCAUGUGCGACCGCAACAAGAGCUGCUCGGUGAUCGAGGACGAGGGCCUGCAGGCAGCCUACACCCUGGCUCAUGAACUGGGCCACGUGCUCAGCAUGCCCCACGAUGACUCCAAGAACUGCGAGCGGCUCUUCGGCCCCCUGGGCGAGCACCACAUGAUGGCUGCUCUCUUCAUCCACCUGAACAAGACCCAGCCCUGGUCCCCCUGCAGUGCCAUGUACCUCACCGAGUUCCUGGAUGGAGGGCACGGUGACUGCCUGCUGGACGCCCCAGCCGAGGCGCUGGCCCUGCCUGCCGAGCUGCCCGGUCAGAGAGCCCUGUACAGCCUGGACCAGCAAUGCCAGCAGAUCUUUGGGAAGGACUUCCAGCACUGCCCCAACACCACGGAGCAGGACAUCUGUGCCCAGCUGUGGUGCAGGACGGGCAGUGGGGAGCCCCUGUGCCACACCAAGAACGGCAGCCUGCCCUGGGCUGACGGGACGCCCUGCAAAGCUGAUGGGCUGUGCUGGGACGGGCGCUGUGUGCCACAGGAUGUCCUGAAACCCCAGCCGGCGGUGGACGGUGGCUGGGGCCCCUGGAGCCCCUGGGGCUCCUGCUCACGGAGCUGCGGCGGAGGCGUCCAGUUCUCCCACCGCCACUGCGACAGCCCCAGGCCCCAGCACGGUGGGAGCUACUGCGAGGGCCAGAGGACCAAGUACCAGUCCUGCCACACCGAGGAGUGCCCACCAGAUGGGAAAAGCUUUCGGGAGCAGCAGUGUGAGAAGUACAACAGCUACAACUUCACGGAUCUGGAAGGGAAUCGCCUGGAGUGGGUGCCCAAGUACGCAGGAGUGUCCCCCCGGGACCGGUGCAAGCUCUUCUGCAGAGCCCGAGGGAGGAGCGAGUUCAAAGUCUUUGAGGCCAAAGUGAUUGAUGGGACGCUGUGUGGCCCCGAGACCCUCUCCAUCUGUGUGCACGGGCAGUGCAUCAAGGCUGGCUGUGACCACGUCGUUGGGUCCUCCAAGAAGCUGGACAAGUGUGGGGUGUGUGGUGGCAAUGGCUCCACGUGCAGGAAAAUAUCCGGCUCGCUCAACAGAUCCAAAUACGGCUACAACGACAUCGUCACCAUCCCGGCUGGGGCCACCAACAUCGACAUCAAACAGCGCAGCCACCGCGGGGUCCGGCACGACGGGAACUACCUGGCCCUGAGGACCCUGGAGGGCAAGUACCUGCUGAACGGAGACUUUGCCAUCUCGGCCGUGGAGCAGGACAUCCUCGUUAAUGGAACCAUCCUGAAGUACAGCGGCUCCAUGACGACCCUGGAGAGGCUGCAGAGCUUCCGGCAGCUCCCGGAGCCCCUGACGGUGCAGCUGCUGACCAUCGCCAGCGAGCUCUUCCCGCCCAAAGUCAAGUACACCUUCUUCAUCCCCAAGGACGUCCCUUUCAGCAGGCAGAAGGGCAAAGAGAAGAAGUCGGCCAAUGUCAUCCGCCCGAUGUUGAACUCCCAGUGGGUCCUGGGGGACUGGUCCGAGUGCUCCAAGACGUGCGGCUCGGGCUGGCAGCGGCGGACGGUGGAUUGCCGGGACGUGGAGGGUCAGACCUCCUCUUCCUGCAACAAAUCCCUCAAACCCGAGGACAUCAAGCCCUGUGGAGACAUCCCGUGCCCUCUCUGGCGCCUGGGCCCCUGGUCCCCCUGCUCCCAGACCUGCGGCGAGGGCGUGCGGACACGCAAUGCCUCCUGCAUCGAUUACGCUGGAAAAAUCACUGCCCCGGAGAAAUGCAGCUCUCCGGGGCCACCAGCAGCCACAGCCACCUGUGUCCUGCGGCAGUGCUGAGCCACGCUGGAAUCCACGGAGCUGGGAAUGCCGUGGGAUCUCACCAUGCCAGGGCAGGACAGCGAGGAUGCCGUAGGCUUGCUUGCCAGCCAGCCAGCCGCUCUCCCUCCGGUGGUUCAUCCUCACCCCAUUGAUGUCUACCUCAGAGUGGGGAACAACGGCAGCAGAACGGGGAGGAAUCACUUCUUUUCCUUUCUUUUCUUCCUUUCUCUCUGGCUGGCUGCUCGCAGGCAAGUUGUAAUUUAAAGGGAAAAAUAAGCGUAGGGUGUUUCCAAAGAGCUGUCGCUGAAAGCGGUUGCAGAUUCCUUUCGGGGUUUAGCGCAGGAUAAGAUGUGGAGCCUGGGUUUGCCAUCACCCUGUCCCAGCUGCAGGUCAGGGAGGUCCAGGGUGGGUGGCUUGGCUGAUGAAAUUGGGAUCCCUGUGCGAAAGGCGUGGAAUGGGUUGCCGUCCCCUCCCUGCAGCAGCGUGGGUGUCCUUGAACACGGGAAGUGUUUUAUCAGCUGUGGGUUAACCUGGGAGAUAAAUUGCCUGUUUGGAUGGGAGCAGGAGUAGCUGAGGAUGAGAUCCUGGCAUGAGUUAGACAGGAGAACUGUUCAUGGUGGUUUCUGCUGAAUUGAUAAUCUACAAACUUACAAACCUCUGUCUCCAAACACCCCCCAACACCUGCAGUUACUCCUGGAGCUGCUGCCCCACCCAUGUCCUCAUUUCCCCAGCUUUAAAACCAAAGCUUAAUUAGACCUGAUCUGGCUCACAGGGCUGCUGUGAGGAUUAAUAAUUCCCAAUUCUGCAGUGCUCGGACUGUGAAAUGCCCAUCACCAUAUCCCAUUCCCCCUCUGGAGCGGACAGUCUGGUGUGCCAGCCUUUCCUCUCCCAUCCUUUGCUUUCAGGGCCCUGCAGGCUCAUUUUUUUUUUUUUUUUAUCUCUGCUUGAAUUUUGGAGUUAAUUUGCUAACUUGGCUUGCAGCAGGAUGAGCCCAGGCCCUGCAGAUGAUGCCAGGGGUCACUGAUGCCACUCUCCACUUUCCCGGGAUACUGAAGUCGCUCGGAUCUGGCACCGGCUCCAGCCUUCCCUGAGCAAUCCUCAGUCCAAAACCGAGCCUGGCGAGGCUGGAGCUCUUCUUUCCCAGCAGGAAGCAACCAGACCCCUCUCCCCAGCCUGGCUGCUGCCUGGCCCCAGCACAGAGGCUGCUCAGCCCCCAAACUUUGCCCUUUCCAAAGCAAUCCAUGUUCUGGCACCAGCCAGUUCCUGGAGAGCGGGGAUGGAAUUUGGGAAGGUUUUGCUGUCACAGACAAUUUGGUGUCUCCAGUCUCCACCCUCAUACCCUUCCUUGGUUUCCCUUCUGGCAGCAAAAUAUUGAAUUUCCAGUGGGUGCAGGAAGGGGAGAAGGGCUGGAAUUUUUGAUGUCGGAGCUUCCCCCUUCGUCAUUACAGAGCCAAUCCUUUCCCUUGUCCCUUUUGCCUGAGCUAAGCUCAUGUGAGACCCUUUCCUCACUGUCCAGGCAGGGAUGGGAUGGGA